AUUUUGAUGUGAAUUAGUAAUGAACAUAUCGUACAAAAGCAGCUGCAGUGCUGUUUUGUACAUUUUUUAUGACAUCAAUGAUCUUAAAGCUUCCGCUGACAUGUGAUGCUUUGUUGCAUCAUCAAAAGAAGAAAAUCUGGCAACAUUUUCUCAAAGUUACAAAAUAUAUUUUAAAAGAGGUUACCAGGUCAAAGUCGAAUGAGAUUUUAAUGGUCUGGACGUGUAAUCGAUAUUUUAAGCAAGGAAUUUUUCAAACACAAGCUUACAAUGAAAAAAGGAAGAGUGUUCAUGAUUUAGCAAUAGACAACAUUUGCAAAGGUUUUUAA